AUGAGUGGCUGGUGUGUCCUUGCUUUCCUGUGCUUGGCAUAUUUGUGCUGCAGCGCUCUGUCUUGCCCAGCACUUUGCACGUGCUACCCGAGAAGAGCCGAGGUGGUUUGUAAUGGCGUUCCCCUCACAGAGUUUCCCUCUGAGGGUCUCCCAAAGAACACCACCAUGUUGACAAUUCAGUUCUCCAACAUCACUUCCAUCUCCGAGCACCAUCUGAGCGCCACACCCCUGCUGGAAGGGCUCCAUUUAUACAGCAACAACCUGCAGAAUCUUUCGUCUGAUCUUCUCAGAGGUGUUCCACACCUCAACACCUUGGAUCUCACAGGCAACAAACUGGCCCAUCUGCCUCCAAAUGUCUUCAGCCACGCCCCACUCCGCAGUCUGGUGCUCAAGAACAACCUGAUUGAGAAAGUGGAUGCUGACUGGCUUGCUGACAACAGCAGCGUGACCUGGCUGGACUUGUCUGAGAACCGUUUGAAGAACGUCCCAUCAGCUCUGCUUCAGAAACUGCCAAAUCUGGAGAACCUGGAUCUUUCCCAGAACCGCCUGGAGAAGAUAGGUGCAAAUUCUCUGGACUCGCUAACCAAGCUUGAGAGGCUCAGCCUGCAGGACAACAAACUAAGCAGUCUGGAUCCAUCUGCAUUUCAGAGCAACCGUAACCUGACGCACCUGUUCCUGAUGAGGAAUCAACUUCAAAAGCUGCCCGAAAACCUUUUCCAGGGCCUUGAUCAGCUCCGUCAGCUCUAUCUGGACAGCAACCAGCUGACUCACAUCCCACCGGGUCUGCUGGACCACCUGACCUCCUUGGAUGAAGAAGGACUGGACUUGACUGCCAACCCCUGGCUGUGUGAUGGGAAGGUGGGCUACCUGUGGAGAUGGCUUAAAAAGAAGAAGAAGAAUGUUUUCAUUGCAGAGGAAAUCAAAUGUGCUAAACCUCAGCCUUUAGCAGGGAAUGGUUUAAAGAUGAACUUGUGGCUACUCCUGGCUCUCACUGUGCUGGCCAAUUGCCAAAAAAGAGUGGACGGCCAGUCCUGCCCUCGUUUGUGUUCCUGCUCGUUUUCAAGCUCAGGUGCAGAGGUGGUUUGCAGCCACAGCUCUCUUAACCAUUUUCCAGCAGACGGUUUACCUGCCAGUACCACUCAGUUAGCCUUCCAGUCCACCAACCUUUCCACUGUUGCAGCCAGUGAUUUGAGUGUCGUGCCCUUUUUGAGUAAACUUCAGCUGUACCACAACAGCCUGAGGAGCCUUCCCUCUGAUCUACUGAGGGACGUUCCUCGCCUCGCCACCUUGGAUCUCACAGGUAAUCAGCUGGCUCACCUGCCUCCCGAUGUCUUCAACCACACCCAACUCCGCAGUCUGGUGCUCAAGACCAACCUGAUUGAGAAACUGGACGCUGAGUGGUUCACUGACAACAGCAGCCUGACCUGGGUGGACUUGUCUGAGAACCGUUUAGCGGACAUCCCAUCAACUCUGUUUCAUAAGCUGCCCCAUGUAAAGAACCUGGACCUUAGUUAUAACAAUCUGCAAGACCUUCAGCCGGACGCGCUGAACCGUCUGCACAGUUUGGAGUCACUGAACCUCGCCGGAAACAAGUUAAAAACUCUGAAACCCACAACUUUCAGCAACACCCCAAAACUGUCCCAGCUGUUCCUGCAGGAGAACCAGUUGCAGGAGCUUCCUCCGACCCUCUUCCAAGGCCUUCAACACCUCGAACUCCUGCUGCUCAAUCAAAAUCAGCUGCAGCAUCUCCCAUCAGGUCUGCUGGGAGAGAGAAACUCCACAUUUCAGGUGACCUUAACAGGAAACCCCUGGGUGUGUGAUGACAAGAUUGAAUACUUAUGGAGAUGGGUCAGCCUUUAUCCUGAGAACAUCCUCUUUCUGGACGAGGUGACGUGCAGCAGCCCUGAGACUCUCAAAAAUCGACAGCUGCUCUCUCUGACUGAGAAGGAGCUUGGCGUUGUUAAAAAAGCCACAAUUCAACAUUAG